UCGGUUCAGGAAUGAAGUAGUUUGGUAAGUGGUGAGGUGGUUAAUUCACAUACUCAGACUGCUUUGAACUUUCCACUCUUCAUAAUACCUCAUUGAACAUGUCUACCUCAAACGCACAGUCAACACGAGAACAGACUGUUUAUUUAAUCCGCCAUGGACAAGCACUUCAUAAUGUAGGUCCCAAUGAAGAUCAUUCAAUUCGUGAUCCUGUUUUAACAGACUUGGGAAUAGAACAAUCGAAAAGGCUAUCCAAGCAGCUCGCUGACCAAAACGUUCCAAUUGAUGCCAUCGUUUGUUCUCCAAUGCGCCGUACCCUGCAAACUAUGGAACUUGGUUUAAAGGAUUAUCUCAAAAAUCAAAACGCAGAAGAAAUCCCUGUUUAUAUCAACCCUUUGUUUGAAGAGGUGGGCAGUUUACCUUGUGAUAUCGGCUUGGAGGUCCUAGAACUCUCUCGCACGUACCCUCAGUAUGAUCUGAAGGCCUGUUCUGAUGGAAUUUAUCCAGAAAAGAGAGAUAUCUACUCUGAAGAUAUCGAGAUCAGCAUCGUCAGAUCCAAAUCUGCUUUGGAAUACUUGUCUACUCUUCCCCACAAAAAGAUUGCUGUUGUGACCCAUAGCGCUUUUAUUCGCUUUUUAUUAGAUAAAAUGUCUCCAGGUGUUGACGUUAACUUUUUACCUCCAGAAAUGACUUUCAACAAUUGUGAGUUCCGUGAAUACCGUUUGAAACAGGUAGGCAAGGAAUUCAAGCUUCAAGCCGUUGAGUAAGUCGGAAAUUUUUAAGCGUUUUAUGAAAUUGUCUACGAUCGAGCUUUGUUUUCGCUAUUUAUAAAAAGUAAUUGCUCGUUACGAGGCAGGAAAUACAUGAUAUGCUCGUCUCUUGUCCGUAACUACAUAUAUAUUAUUUGUUAACGAUUUUGGAUAAUACGAAUUCUAUUUCACUAAGCUAUUAACCUUGGUUGGGCAAA